AUGAAUAUCAAAGAACAUAGAAAUGGAGAAUGCAAACUAAUUUGGGGAGCAAAUGGUAGAGAUCUCAUACAUAAUGCAGCUAUAUAUGACACUUACCGACAGGUUUCAAUCAUAGAAUCUGGAACCGAACAAUCAACCCUGUUGGAAGCAAUGCUUGUAAACGAUCAAACAUUUACAAACGACAAUCUACCAACUACUUAUAAUCUAAACUCAUAUAUUACUACAUGCUUUGGUGAUGCUGUUGUACUUGUUGCUACUAGUGGGGGACUAGUACGUCCGCCUCCUUCCACCCAUUCAACCUCAACCGAUCAAAAGAAAGAUAUAUUUAGGUACUACUCCUAUUCAAGGUUAUUGCUUCAAUACUCAAAUGUGAUUGUCUUGACCGAGGACAUUCAAAACAUAGAGUCUCUUUUGGAUAGGGCCAUUCACAUGGCCACCGGCUCUGACGUCAAACCCAACCUACUCUUGGUCUUGAAGAAUACUCGCAAUACAGUACCAACGAGCGCAUUACUUGAUGCAGCCAAAGCAAGAGACCAUUUCUUCUCAAAUGAUCAUCAAAAGAAGAAACCAAGUUUAUUUCUUUUGGAUUGUCCAAAUCCAAAGAAAUCAAAUUUAAUUGACUUGUAUGCCUCUGUCAAUGUGGUUUAUGUUCCAUCGACCAUGUGUAACCAACCAGAGACACUAAACCACAUCAAUCACAUCAUACGUACCAACUUGGGUGUCAACAACCGCCGCCACCACAAAAACCGCCGGGACUCUCAAACGGUACUCUUUUCAAUGAAACAAUCGAUGGACAAGUUCUCAAGUGACUACCAUUCAAUUGUUGAUUUGGAUAGAAGCCCAAUCAACAAUGAUUGUAAAUGGUAUUUAAAUACAAUGUUGAAUAUCUUGGUUGCAGAUUAUCAAAAGAAUCUUGAAUCAUUGAUAGACGAGCAAAUUCACGACAAGUUUGAAGCACUUCAACAAAGAAUCAUUUCAUUGGUGGUGGUAUCCUUUACCAAAUACUGUGAAAGAAACAAGAUAGCUAGAUACCACUGGAAUAUCAACGAUUUUGGAGAAAUGUUUACCGAGUUUUUGAAACAGGCAAACAACAGACUCUUACAUAUCGCCCCAUGUCAAUCCGAGAAAGAUUCCAAACUAAAAUGUAAGCUGGUCGAUACCAAUCACUACUGCCACCAAAGUCUCAAGACUAUCUCUUGUCACAAAGAAACCAUUCCGGGUUCAAUCUCUGCCACGCCAACUAAAAGCCAAGAAGCCGUCAAAUGGGAUGGCUAUUACGAGGGACCGAACGGUCUCUCUUUAAAGCCUCACAUCGAAUUGGCCAUGAAUCGAUCAAAUUGUAGGAAUGUCUGGCCAGAUGAAAACAGCCCCUCUCUUUACCGAUGGGUUUGCCACUGUUGUUUUCUUCGAUACCCCUCUGAAGAGAUACCAAGUUGUAAUGGGCAUUACGCCUGUACAUCUUGUUGUGAAGAGACGAAUCCAGUUGGGGUUUGCCCUCUCUGUAGGAAAAAAUCAGAGUGGCAAAAAAGGGUUAUAGCCCCUACCACUAUUAAACCAGAGGCACUCGAUGAUAUCACAGAUGAUGACGAUGAUGAAGAAGAAGAAGAAUAA